AUGGCUUUUUACACAGAGCUUGUAGGACAAUUGAGAGCUGCAUACCGGACUGGUAAAACAAAAUCAUAUGAAUGGAGAAGACAGCAGUUAGAAGGAGUUCUUACACUAUUGGACGAAAACAAAGAAGAAAUAGUAACAUCUUUAAAGAACGAUCUGCACAAGCCUCUCUUGGAAGCAUUUUUUGAAAUUGACCAGUGUAGAAAUGACUUGAUUGAUACGAUGAAUAAUUUAAAGGAAUGGAUGAAACCUCAAAAGGUUCAAAAACCACUAACUAAUAUAAUGGACAAAGCUUUCAUACAGAAACAACCAUAUGGAGUAGUUCUUGUCAUAGGAACGUGGAAUUUUCCAGUAAUGCUAACACUAAUGCCAAUGUUUGGUGCCUUAGCUGCAGGAAAUUGUGUUUUACUGAAGACCUCCAGAAUUUCUAGGAGUACUUCACAGGUGCUGGAAAAAUUAGUUCCUAAAUACCUGGACAGGGACUGUAUAAAAAUUAUAAAUGGAGGUACUGGGGAAACAACAGUCUUACUGAAUGAAAGAUAUGAUUAUAUCUUCUAUACAGGAAAUACAUCUGUAGGGAAGAUUGUCAUGAAUGCUGCUAGUCAAUAUCUCACUCCGGUCACACUAGAACUAGGAGGCAAAAAUCCGGUGUAUGUGGAUACAAACUGUGAUUACAAAGCAGUAGCUAACAGACUUCUAUGGGGGAAGACAAUAAACGCUGGACAGACAUGUAUAGCACCUGAUUAUGUCAUGUGCACGAAAGACAUUCAGGAGGAACUGAUUCAGGCAAUGAAGAUAACAAUAAAUGCAUUCUAUCAAGGUGACCCAUACAGCUCAGGCAGUUACGGCAGAUUGGGCAAUGACAGAAACUUCCAACGAGUGAAAAAGAUAAUUGACAGCAGUAAAGACAACAUAGCUAUUGGUGGGACAACAAAUAAGAAGGAAUAUUACGUGUCACCGACGAUAUUAAAAGAUGUCAAGUUUACAGAUCCUGCUAUGCAGGAAGAGAUGUUUGGACCUGUCCUGCCAAUAGUACCAGUGAACAACGAGGAUGAUGCUAUAAACUAUAUUGUAAAUGGUGAAAAACCUCUGGCCAUGUAUAUCUUUUCAAAUGAUAAGACAGUGAAAGAAAAGUUUAGUAAUUCUACGAGUAGUGGCGGUUUAGUAAUUAAUGAUACAAUGUUACAUGCUGGAGUGAUGACUUUACCAUUUGGAGGUGUUGGGAACAGCGGUUUGGGAGCUUAUCAUGGCAAGUUGACCUUUGACACAUUUAGUCAUAACAGAGCUUGCUUAGAGAGAGAACUAAUAUUGGAAGGAUUACAAUCGAUACGGUACCCUCCAUACACACAAAAGAAGAUAAACAUUAUUCAGAUGGUAACAAAGAAGAAACUACAACGGUCAUCAUUUAUGUCGACUUGGUUGUUUCUUGUCAUAGGAAUGAUGGCAGCGGCAUUUCUUCUUAAGAUGUUUGCACUGUACAUCGAAUAGACCAUGGAACCUGUUAAAAUUGAAAUAAUUGCUUGUACUUUCAUAUAUUGAUUUGUCCAAG